AUGAAGGAAGGGGAGACCCUCGAUCAGCUCGCCGGGAGGAUCUCGGCGAUGUCGAUCCGCUAUGCCAAUCUCGGCGGAUUAUUGGAAAACGCGGCGUUGGUGAAGAAGCUGCUUGACUCCGUGCCGGAUCGCUUCAUCCACUGCAUCGCCGGCAUGGAGCAAUUUUGUGAUCUGAAGACGAUGGCGUUCGAGGAGGCUGUGGGCCGGUUGAAGGCCUACGACGAGCGCACAAAUCGUGCGUCCGGCGGCGGCAGCGUCGACGGCCAGCUGCUCCUCACUCGAGCCGAAUGGGAGGCGCGGCAGAAGAAGGAGGCAGGAGAGUCCUCAGGAAAGGGCAGAUCAUCCGAUGGCGGCGGUCGCGGCCGGGGCGGUCGCGGGCGCGGCAGAGGCCGUGGCCGUGGCGGACGUGGCGAGUCACCGACCAAGGGUGGCUCUGGUGGCUCUGGCAAUAAGUCGCGUGACAAGAGCCACAUUCAAUGUUUCAACUGUGAGAAGUAUGGCCACUACGCCAGCGAGUGCAAGGCGCCGAAGAAGGAGUCCGAGGCGCACUUGGCGAAGGCCGACGAUACCGAGCCCGCGCUGCUACUCGCUGAGACCGAGGAGAUCGGGCCAGCGCGCCUUGGACAACAGGAGGCCGCGUACCUUAGUGAGGAUGGUGUGUUUCCGGAGCUGCAGCACAUGGAGCACACCGUGGCUGCCGCCGAGAUGUGGUACUUGGACAAUGGCGCAAGCAAUCACAUGACUGGCGACAGGCUAAAAUUCUACGAGCUUGAUGAAGAUGUCACAGGCAAUGUCAAGUUUGGAGAUGGCUCCCGGGUGAAAAUUAUGGGAAAGGGUUCCAUCCUUUUCGCUUGCAAAAAUGGAGAACAGUGGUUGUUACAUGAGGUAUAUUACAUUCCGAGCUUGUGCAGUAACCUGGUUAGUCUAGGGCAACUCGCAGAGACGGGACACCGGGUUGUGAUGGAUGGCAAUGAACUGGAGGUGUUCCAGAAGGAUCCAUUUCGCCUGAUCAUGAAGGUAAAGCGUGCUGCAAACCGUCUUUACCGUAUUGAGCUAUAG